GUGCAAAGAAUUCCCCUUCCAACACCCCGUGUCUCACCAGAAGCCGUACGCAGCCAGAUCCAGGUCUUUUGCUCUGACUGGAUCAGCCUAAGCUUUAUACUGUAUCUCCCGCGCGAAGUCCACACCAAUCGCUGACCUGUGUCUCGCUUUGAAUUCCAUCGUCCAGUUCAAUUUUUUUCUCUCUACCCUCCAAGGCCGCUUCGUCGCUGCUUUCUGUACAAGGGAGUGACUUUUUCAAGUAGCUUUUCUCUGUUUUCAAGAGCCUUCAGAAAACUUCACGCCUGGCCAGCUCUGGUGAUACUGCUGUCCACCGACCGUCGAGAGGAACACGACGAAUAGCGUUUUCAGCUUCAAGCGGGCAGUUUCUAAUGGAACCUUUCGUAUUGUUUUGCACUGAUUCUUUCGUACUGUUUAGGAGUGGAGUUUUCCGUAUUAUUUCCAUUUCCACGCCUGCCACAGUAGCCACUCUUCGUUCCUUGAGGUCUUUUUUCGCUUCAAGGAAGUGACACUCCUCUCCCGUCUGCUGCCAUAUUUCACCGUUUUGAGGCUGUUCUUCCCGUCUCCUUUCUCCCACUUCCGUUACAAAGAGUGUGUUGCAACAUGCAGAGAAAACUAAGGCGUCUGAGGUCGCGACGGAUGAGACGCGGCAGAGAACCAGUGUAACACAAUUCGGCCUCAAGGAACGGAUUGCGUCUCAAGAUUUAUUUGACUCGGCGGUUCGUCUGGUGAGGGUCAAAGCCAAUUCGAACGGUUCUCUAAACUCGUGAACACAGCCCUUUCACCGUCUCACUUCUCGACACUCUGUUGGCCCAGAACCAGUGGCGUGCCACAGACAGCGAAAACAGGAUUUUUCGGUCAAAACGAGGCCCGUUUCCCAGAAAAAAGGCCCCCCCAAAAAGGUGUCAACGGCCUGGACCCGUUCCCUCGUUUCCACAGUCUUCACCCUGUUGAAUUUGAGACGCUUUCGAGAUCCUCCCCACCAACCCCUCACGUCAGAGGGGGCACAGGACGUUGCUGACAUCUCCGACAUCUCCAGAAAAAGAUCAAGAUGACUGCCGGGAAGGAGGGCGCUGGAAUGUAUAAGGUCAGGGUGACGGAGAAGCUCGUUCGAAGCCUAAGAGCGACGCAGGUGGUCGACUGUGCGCUGGCGUGCCAAGGAGGCGAAGAGGAAGAAAAUCCGAAGUCGGAAGGUCUCUGGAGAGUCACGAGUGUCGAUUGGUCGCAAGACGGAACGACAAUUCUCCUCGCGCUCUGUCCAAGAGAGGCGGGAGAGGAACGCUGGUCUCCAAGUUCAGACAGAUACUCGGGAAACCCGCAAGGAAACAGAGAGACCGAGGAACGAUGUGCAAAGCUGCUCGUCUUCAGCGCUCUUACGGGAAGUUUGACACAGAUACGUGAAACCUCGUGGAGGAACAUCGACGCUGUUCGAUGCCUUCAAGGAGGCGCACGAAAGUGUCUCGUCGCUAUCAGCGAUAGUACACCUGCUGUCGUGUUGUGGUCCCUGGACGACAACGUCCUUCCAGUGCAAUACUCUCUACCUGCGGGAGUUGUUCCCCACACUGGCGUGGACGUACACCCAACCAGCGAUCUGUUCCUCGCCUCCUGUCUAGACGGAACCGUUCUGCUUUUCCAUUUGGACAAGGCGCAAGCACUGGGCCAUGUUCGCGGCUCGUCGUCUUACCCCGUCUCCGCUUUCGACUGCGAAGGUCUCGUCUACGCGUGCUCUUUGGGAAACAGGAAAAUCCACCUUUUCGCAUGCGACGACGAUGCCAUCGACAAGGAACCGGCUGGUCAAUUCAGCAGCUUCGAUCUCUCCUCUUCCCUCGCCCCAGGCUCUCACAUCACUUCUCUCGCUUUCGGUCCCGACGAGAAGACGCUGCUCGUCUGCAGCAACCGUGGUCAGGUGCUUCUCAUCGACGCAUUUGAUGGCAAAAAAAUUCAUGAGUACAAUCCGCCUCAGUCUUCCUCUGGCUCUCGGCCUUUUCUGUCUUCCUCGCGCCUCUCGGCCCGGGCGUCGUCCCGGCCAUGUCCACCCGCAUUUACUCCAGACGGAAAAUUCGUGUUGUGGGGGAACUCCGCAGCAGGAGAAGAGUCGAUUUAUUUUUGGAAAGCCGUCCAAACGCCAGUGGACGGGAGCGCACAAACUGCUGCCUCGCCUUCAGGAAAGGGAGGCGAGAGAAAGCAUGGACUUGACCCCCUGCUCGUCGCGCGACUGAAGGGGGACAGUACGCAUGAGGGAGGGCGAGAAAGGAGAAGCGGCGAGAAUGCACACUGCGACUUUGUUCUCUUCAGCAGAGUGCAUGCGCUCAUGGUCACAGUUUCCGGCGGCGUCUUGUCUUUCUGGCAGCCUCCUGCGGUUUGAAGCCUCUAAGCCAAGUUCGUUUUUCUCUCGAGAAAUACGGAACAGGGGGGAAAGGUGCGAUGUGUCGGACUCCCGCAUGUAUCGAAUUUGGAUGACGAGAAGAAAAAGCAAGAGAUUCAACCGAAGAAAACAUCCGAUACAGGUGUGUGUGGAAGCCGCGAGGCAGGUACACGGUGGUAGGUUCGUGUAGACCUGCGGUAAGAAAUCUAUUUUGGAAGAAAGACCGGAGAAGUCUGUGUUCAAAAGUGAACAGGGGCUACAAGGAGGAUUUAAGUCUAUCUGAGCAUCUAGAUUGAUGCGCAGCUAUAUGUUUGUUAGAUGCUGAGAGAUGUUGCCGUUACUCAAAAAGAACCAAGAAGCUCGCGGCUGGGGAGUGACGACAAAGAGGAAGCCCUUCCUCGAGAAGUUAAGGCGAAAACUUUUUUUGGUAUCUAGGUGGGCUUCCAGCCAUCUCGUUCCAAGUAAGGGACGUUGACGUGUCUGUUUCAGGAGCUUUCCGAGUACGGGUUAGUGAACUCCCUUGGUUUGAUCCAUAGUCCUCCUUGAGUUAAGUAGAUCCCGGGAACUUGACAAGCAUUACUAGAUCGAUGUCAGCGACAGAAGGGAGACAGUUUCUCUCCGUCAUUGUCAGUUCCUUUACAGAGCGAGAGGUGUGAAUCUCCGCGCUCAAACCUUAUGUGCAGCCGCUGCAGUCAGGGCUCCUUCAUAAGCCUUGGUUUUCUUGUUUUUAGAGAGACCACAGGUUUACACGGGCGGUACCCUAUCCAGCAGCCAGAUGGGUAACGCUUUCUACAUUUAAAAAUCAGAAACAUAGAGACGGUGGAGCAAAUAGGCAUUUACAUAAACGACAGAAAGAAUUCGCGAUUUUGGGUCGGGAUCUCGUUGAACUCGGAUUGCCGCUACGAACACCUGAUAAAACUGCUGUUCAAGAGGGCCUGAAUUGUUCCGCUUUUUUGCGCCUGAGAGUUCAACUUUAACGGCUUAACUUGUUGACUUCUUCCCUUCCUCGAGAAACCGACUGUCUCGUGUGGUAAUGACUUUGUGCAAGAAGUCCGCGGUAGCUCAGAGCUCCGGUACUCGUGCGGGCGACUCUGUAACACUAAGAGUUCGUUUUCCUAGAGUGCGGCAGCGACUUACACUAUGUCUACGUAAUUUGCUUGGCGGCGAUUGCUCGUAGAGUCGACGCUUGGAAACAUGUGACCGGCGCAUGUCUGUAUAGACACGUUCAAACGUAUGCAGUGUAAAAUAUGGACGUAACGCAGCAUAAGCUUGUAUGUUAUGUCAGUCAAAAUCGGUUCAUCGUUAUUGAUAUUUCGGAGCUGGUCAGGCCGUUGUCACAUUCUUUAGCUCAGUGAGUGUGGGAUCUUCACGCAACGUCCCCCCGGUUUCCAGGACGGCUUUUUUCGCCAGUUUAUCCGACUGUAGCGCAGCCCGUGCUCUUCUCCACAAGUUGCCUGUUUUUUGUCCAGAAACGGAAGCAGAAAACGUGGAAGACAUAGCAAGUCGUCUGACUGGGAAGCAGGAAUGUCAAGAAGGUUCGGCCAGCACAAGCUGCUGUGUCGUGUUCAGCAUACUGAACUUACGAGCUUAGUGUUUCGGUGUCCUCAAGUUCCGUGCGAUGCUCGUGCACAGCAGCAACAAGUCCAAAACGCCAUGCUCUCCCUUUCUUAUGUGGACG